UCGGUGUUCCAGUCAGUGUUUUUAUCAAAUUAAACAAGUUAAGAUUUUACCACACAACACACGACGUUAUUACAAUACACAAACAAAAUAUUUAGUAUUAUUUUAAUAAACAAAAUGGAUUCCCCGACAUGGAAAACUACCAUUGUCAAUUGGAUUAACUGUCUGUCUGUGAGGAAUACGUUUGUCAGUGAUUUUGCUGAUUUGGAAAAUGGAGAUGUGUUUUUUAAUUUGAUAUGUGCUUUUACAAAUGACAGAACGCCUUUGGAACAGAAUGAAACAGUUAAUGUCAUUUCUCAUGUUAAAAGUUUUAUAAAAGAAACUUAUCCAGAUUUUACACUCAAAAGCCCGUCUUCAAACACAUUCAUACCCGAAGACUGUGUUUACAUAAGCGCCCUGCUGCUCCACUAUUGUGUCAUCAGACUAAACGACACAAAUACACCAUUCAAAAACCUAAUGAUCAGUUUAGACGAGACGUGUCAAAUAGAUAUAUAUAAAUAUUUACAAAACGUCAUGCAACACAAUGCAUUGACAAGGGAGAUGAUUGCUUUGUCAAUACCUAUAGAAACAGAUAUGCAUUUCGAUUCGCCCAGUUUGUCUCUGUCACCUUGUACACCCAACCAACAGAAAUAUUCGGGGCAGCUGCAGAGGGUGCAGGAGGAUUUGAAGACUAAAUUGUCGGAAAUAUUUUAUCUGGAAGAAUCUCUUAAAGAUUUGACUGAGAAAUAUAAUGAAUUAGCUUCUGAAAAAGAAAGACAUUUAUCAGAGAUUAAAAAAUUGAAAGAGAAUCUUGAAGAAUUAGACAGGGAGAACAAAUCGCCAAAGAAGAAUGUUGAUACGACAGAUGUAUUGACGCAGGUCACUAAACUGAAAAGCGAGAUACAGUCAAAGAACGAAGAAAUUGAGAAGCUUCAGCUUGAAAUUGAACACUACGAGAUCGAAAAACAUAAAAUGGAAUCAAAGCUCGAAGCCAUGACUACUAAUAUAGAAAUGCUCGAGAGCACAGCCGCAGAGCUGCAGCUGAAAAAUGAUCGUCUGCAAGUUAGUCUCGAUGACAGAAAUUUGGAAGUUGAGCGAAUGAAGGAGAUUUGUGGAGAAUUAAAUUUAACAAUCGAACAAUUGAAGGACAUGAACAAGAAGGAUAAAAGUAUGGAUGAGCUGGAUAUGUCCUUCUCAAAUUUACCCAUAGAAGUUCAGAGUCGUUACAUGGAAGAGACUUUGGCUCAGACCGUUGUCGAUGUCCAACUGCGAGAAAAGGAAACUGAGGUGGAUCAAUUGCAGGAGGUUUUAAACGAUACAAAAAAAGAAUUGGAUAAAAUCACAAAGGAAUUGAAUCAACUUCAGCAGGAGAACGAGGAGUGGAAAAAUAGAAAUGA